CUCCAUCAACACAUCAACGAAACAGACUCGCUGUUCCGAUGAGGUCUUCGCCUUACAAACAGGUUCCCAUUAUAGUUGGCUUGCAGCUAUAAUGGACUACUGCAGUCUGCUCAUCGCUGCCAUAUUGUUCUUUCAACACUUUUAUGGCGCAUGCGCUAAUGAUACGGCAGAAACAGAGAACAGAUACACUAAAAAAGCUGGAUCACCUCGAUGCAAGAACAAACCUCACUACUGUCGUGCCACAGACGGUCCCACAAAACCAAAAUGUGAAAAAAGUUUCAUGAAACCCUCCUACAAAGAAAGAAUGGUAUUUGAAUCAUUGGGAACAAAACAUGUUCUUUGUGACACAAAAACUGAUGGAGGUGGAUGGGUCAUUUUCCAGCGACGUGUCAAAGGGGGAGUGAACUUCACAAAAUCCUGGGCAGAAUAUCGAGAUGGGUUUGGCUCGUUUGAUGGAGACUUUUGGAUUGGAAAUCAGUUUAUACAUCAACUUACAACAGCAGGCUACACGGAUAUGAGGGUUGACAUGAAAUAUCAAGGACGGCACUACUAUGCUCGGUAUAAAAAUUUUGUCCUGUCAAACGAAACUCUUUUCUAUCGCAUCAACUUUAACAGUUACACUGGAAAUGCCUCUAACAGCUUAGACCAAAAUCCGAAUCGAGGAUUCGCCACUUUUGACAGUGGACCAGCUGUCAGUAGUCAUUGUGCUAGGGCUUUCGGAGGUUGCUGGUGGUAUAGAGAUUGCGGUUCUGCAAUGCUAAAUGGAGUUUGGGGAUCCAGAGGUUACGGCCUAGGUAUUUAUUGGACAACCGUUACAGGUGUUUACAAUUCCCUCAGUUUUGUUGAAAUGAAAGUACGAAAACCAAAUCCCUAGUAGUCUCCUGGUGAUAAUGUAAGCUUAUAGGUCAAAUUUUGACAUCAAUAAAGCUCUUCAGACAAA